UCCCCCAUCACUCGAAUCCGAACCCGCUUCCACAAAACGCCCCCUCCCCGCAGAAUCCUCUCGCUCUCUCUCUCUCUCUCUCUCUCCAGAGAACUCUCGUCACUCCGGUCUCAGAAGUAGAAGAGGAAGGGAAAGAGGAGGAGACAUGGGUCCUGCGAGAGACAGCAAAGCGCCGAAGAGGGACGGAUCGAACCGUUUGGGUUCUCUAGGGGGGGCGGAGGGGCCGGAGACAAGGCCCGCGUUCACCGUUGACGGCGCCGACGAGGACGAGUGCCUGCGCCGGUCGGACGUGCUCUCCCGGGAGGAGGUGCUACGCCGCCGCGCCCGCCGGCUGAAGCAGCUUGCCGGAUGCCACAGCCGCCAGUACUGGGCCCUGAUGGAGGAGGUGAGGGUGAAGCACCGGGAUUACUAUUGGGAGCACGGUGUGAGCCCCUUCGAGGAGGGCGAGGAGGAUGGGGACGGUGGUGGUGGGAGAGGGCGGGAGGCGGGGGAGAAUGGUGGGGCGGUCGGUGGGGCCGUUGAGGGGAGGGAGGAUAAUAGGAUGGCCAGGGUCGGGGUAGGGUUAGGGUUAGGGUUCGGGAAAGGGGAGGGUAGCGGUGGGAGGAGGGGGGAAAGGAACCGGUGCGCGUUUGCUGGGUGCAAAUCGAAGGCGAUGCCUUUGACCAGGUUUUGCCAUCCGCAUAUAUUGGCGGACAAGAAGCAGACGCUUUACAAGGCCUGCAGUUAUGUGACGAGGAGUGGGCAAAGUGGGCCAAUUACCUGUGGAAAGCCAGUUCUCAGAGUUGCUGUCCCCUCCCUCUGUCAGGUCCACUUUCAGAAGACUCAGAAAAGCAUCACACAAGCUUUGAAAAGGGCUGGACAUAACGUUUCAAGCAGGCCUGCCCCUAAAUUCAGUAUUCUAAUCGCUGAAUACAUUCACCAAAUUCAAUCAAGAAGAAGAGACGCAGUGAAUUCUGCUAUGGGUGGCAUUGAGCAUUAGGAUUGAAUUAUUUUUAUAUGAUUUUAUUCGUGACUGCUUUUUAGCCUCCACUCAUGGCAAAGAAUCACUUCAUUCUGGUUCUGGUCUGAACAUCAUCAUGGUGAAAACAGCAGUUCUGCUCAUUGAUACAUUUUGAAUAUAACUAAAGAUAUAUUGCAGGCUUUCUACAGGAAGCUGGAUAUGAACAAAGAUGGUCUUAGAUCUUAUUAAUAUAGCAAGAAAUUUGUUUCAUGUGUAUGAUGCUUUGUGAUAUGGGCUGCAAAAGACCCUUUAUUGUUAUGGAAGCUGUGGAAUCCUUGGAUAUACCUGGUUUGUUAGUGCUCUUUGGUCUAUAUGCUGCUAGGGAACUGAGCUCAAGGUUUUUCUGCCACAUUGAAGCAGAUGGAUAUUAAUUUGGUUGUUUCGUGGUAGAGAGGAUUUGCUAUAACGGAAAGGCUUCUUAUUUACCAUGCUGCAGGAUCAGAGCUCAAUGGCCGGAUCACAAGUGUGACGCUGUUGGUGUGGUGUAUGGUUUACUGUAUUUAUUAACCUUUGUACUUCUGGCUGUUGGGUGGUACAAUUCAUGUUAUCAGGUUCGGAUUGCCUAGCGAGAGUGGUUCACUAAAUUUGUCAUACUGCUCGAGUUGUAUAUAUUUGUUCCCAUUAAAAUUAGACAUGGCAAAUGUAAAUGUCUUUAGAUUGUUACCUUUUUUUUUUCAAAUCGUUCUAAACAUCCAGAAAUCUGCAACUUAUCGAGCUUUGGUUGUAUCUAAGCAUCAGAAUAACAUUAUCUGCAACUUAUCGUGCUUUGGUUGUAUCUAAGCAUCAGAAUAACAUUUGCCCCCUUC